AUGAAGACCACAAUCCCGUCCGACGUUUGGGAAACCAAACGCUCCCAGAUAUCCAAUUUAUAUACAGAGGAAGAAUGGCCUCUCAAGCAAGUGAUGAAGAAGAUCCGCACUGAAAACUUCAAUCCCACUGAAACACAGCUACGCAGCAGACUCAAGAAAUGGGGGGUCACUAAACCAUCACGGCAACGACGGAAGAGACCUGCUUCCCGUCCAGCCGACCACGGAGCAGCAUCGUUGUCACAGGCACAGGAUAUAGAAUUACGAGGCCGGGUCAACGAACACUAUAUUCCCCAAUUCAUUCCAUACCCUCCCUCUUGCGGGUCUUCCGCUCACCCAAAUAUCUGGGAUCCCCGAAUGCGCUGGAUAAUAGCACCUCCACACGACCAUUCAAAUCUACCGAAGAUCGUCCCAUCCUAUGAUAGCCGCCGAGCGAGCACCACCUCUAAUGUUUCUCCAACCGAGGGCCCUUCUCCACCUUCCACGGGUUAUCACCAUCAUCAUCACCCAGCUCACCCGUUCGAUCGCCAAUACCCCACUGCAAGUCACGCUCAAGAUGCAUCCACCAGUACCGAAGGCUGCCCAAUAACAGUCUUUACUGGAAUUAACCCAAAUCUCACUACUUCCUCCGGCGAUGUGACUCCGACGAGUGAUGUUGCGUCGAGCGGACUGCCAGCAGAGUGGCAGUCGCCUGAUAGCACUCAUCAAGCAGGUCGCACUCCUGGGUCUACCCUUCCUUCUCCUGCAAUCCAGCCAACAAGCCCAUGGAACUAUCCUACUCCGGAUAUGUGUCAAAAAUGCUCACCCACUAUCUGUCCCCUUGAUGAUUCCACCAUAGAGCAACAAGUGAACUAUGUGAAGGAAUAUCUAGACAGUGACGAUAGUCUAUCAUACCCCUCCCUCAUGGAUUUCCCAUUAAACGAUGCAGAAAUUCUUGACUCACACUCCAUGAAAAACUGGAAAAGGCCUUGCUCUAGCAGCGAGGGUACCGCCGAAUUCUCGCGGCUAGGUGGUCUUUCUCCAUCUAGGGAGCGUCGAAUUCUCAAAGCCAAGGCAACUGGGACAUCAGGGCCGUGUACUGCAGUAACAACGCCAUCGACUCUGGCCACGAUUACGAGCAGUUUACCGUACCCGAAAAUGGAGUCUCCAGGACCACUGGACCUUUCUACCGUUGGAGGGUCCCCGGGCUCCAUCGGUCUCGCAGCUCAUCAGGCAUACCACACCGAUGCCAUAAACAACGAAUACCUUCUUCCUUCCACCAUUUUAUCUUGA